AUGGAUAACAAUGUGUCUGCGGGAGCAAUGAGUAGUAAAAACCGAUUGGAGAGUUCGAAUCAAAAUGGUAACUCCUCCAGUGAGAAAGGGACAACACAUAGGAACCAGGCUGCAUCAGUAGAAGAUAUGGAGAAUAAUUUGUCUGCGAGAGCAACGAGUUAUAGUAAAGACCAAUUGGAGACAUCACAUCAAAAUGGUAACUCCUCCGGUGACAAAGAAACUACACAGAGGUACCAGGCUGCAUCACCAAAAGAUAUGGAGAACAAUUUGUCUGCGAGAGCAACAAGUGAUAGAAUAAACAGAUUGGAGGCAUCACAUCAAAUCGGUAUUUCCUCCAGUGAGAGAGGAACUACUCAGAGGUACCAGACUGGAUCACCAAAAGAUAUGGAGAACAAUUUGUCUGCGAGAGCAACAAGUGAGAGCAAAGACCGAAUGGAGACAUCGAAUCAAACUGGUAGCUCUUCCAGUGAGAAAGCAACUACACAUAGGUACCAAGCUGCAUUAAAGUUGCAGAAAGUGUACAAGAGUUUCCGGACAAGAAGACAGCUUGCAGAUUGUGCAAUUCUUGUGGAGCAGAGAUGGUGGAAGGUGCUAGAUUUUGCUGAACUCAAGCGGAGCUCUAUAUCAUUUUUCGACAUUAAGAAGCCUGAAACAGCUGUUUCUCGUUGGGCAAGAGCAAGAACCAGAGCUGCCAAGGUGGGAAAGGGUUUGUCUAAGGACAAAAAAGCUCGUAAACUUGCUUUGCAGCAUUGGUUGGAGGCAAUUGAUCCCCGACAUCGGUAUGGACAUAAUCUUCACUUCUACUAUGCCAAAUGGCUCCACUGUGAGAGUAAACAGCCCUUCUUUUAUUGGCUUGAUAUAGGGGAGGGAAGAGAACUCAACCAUGAAGCAUGUCCUCGGUCAAAGCUUCAAACACAAUGCAUCAAGUAUCUUGGCCCGGUAGAGAGAAAGGCUUACGAAGUUGUGGUAGAGGACGGGAAGUUGAUUUACAAGGACAGUGGAGUGCUUCUUGAUACAACAAAAGGCCCCAAAGAAUCGAAGUGGAUAUUUGUCCUAAGUGUGUCCAAGGACUUAUAUGUUGGACAGAAGAGCAAGGGUACAUUUCAACAUUCAAGUUUCUUGGCAGGCGGAGCCACAUUGUCUGCUGGAAGAUUAGUAGUUGAUAAUGGAAUUCUAAAGUCAGUUUGGCCUCACAGUGGGCAUUAUCUCCCAACAGAAGAAAAUUUUGAUGAAUUUAUGUCAUUCCUUCUGGAAAACAACGUGGAUCUCACUAACGUUAAGACUGCAUGUGAGGAUGAUGAAGGAGGCGUUUUAAGCAAAAAGAACAGCAUCAGAGUCCGAAACAGCCCACGGAAAGCAGAUUCAUCUAAAGACACUAUAACAAUAAAAGCUGAAGGCACAGUGGAAGAGAGCACUGAUUCAAGCAAGGAGAACUCUAACUGUGCAGAACACCCUCCUCUAUUGUCAAGAUUACCGGAAGGGUUCUGCUCAAAGAUAGCCAAACUUGAAAUACCAGGAAAAGACGUGAUUGAAGAUAAAGAACAACCUCCACUAACUUGUCGCGAAUAUUUUCCAGAUUCAAAUUCAGGUUCAGACUCAGAUUCCGAAGAUGGUUAUGCAACAGCAGAUGAAGAAUCAAAACUGAGAGAGGAAGAUUUCAUGGUGUCGAAACAGAACUUGUUUGAUGAAGAUGCAAGUGAUGAAGAAGAAGAAAAGCCAAUAUCAAAAGAGAAAAUCAUGCAGAGGAUUAGUUCACAUAAAGGAAUGAAUUCGUACCAGUUAGGUCAGCAUUUGAGCACAAAAUGGAGCACAGGAGCUGGCCCUAGGAUCGGUUGCAUGAGGGACUAUCCUUCAGAGCUUCAAUUCCGGGUUCUGCAGCAGGCUUACUUGUCUCCAAGGCCAGUAGGAAGAAGUAGUACUCCUCGGAUGGUUUGUCCAACUCCUUUAAGUAGAGAAUUAAAGAAACCAGUGUCCGGUUGCACUCCCAAAGCUCAAAAACCCAAACGACAGUACACCAUAGGGUGA